UUGUAUAAAGGGAUGUAAAUAUUUAAAGAGUAUCUGUUGUCUCUGCCCGAGAAGAAAUCUGACCUCUUUCUGACAUUGAAUGGUAGCAAUUUCAUACAAAGGCAUCCCCAGAUACAGCAACUUAAUCAGAUCAGGAGGAGUUCUCAGCUCCUACCUAGUCAAUUGUCUAGACCAUAGUAGUUUGUUAAGAGCAAAUGUUUUUGUUAGGGCAGUGCCUCCCCCCCCCCCCCCCCGAUUCUAUACAAAUUAAAAAAUGGAAAAAUGAUGACAUCGAAAAAAAAUCUGUAAUUGUUUUCUGAUUAAUUAGAAGUUAAUUUGGUUUUGAGCUAGUUGUAGUUUAAAAUGUGAAAGGACUGUUUUUAUAAAAACACACUUGAAAGCUUGAGUAACAAGCUCUAGCAAAUUUGUUGCGGCAAUUCGAAGUAUCUGCUCAUGGAGCCAAGUUAGCAGUAGGAAAUGUGUCUACAUCUCAGCUACUCUGAUGUGAAACCAGUUGUUUUCAGCUUAAGCUGCUGAUAAAAAUUUUAGUUAAGAUGUCUGGAGCCUAUGAGAUGAAGAUACUGAGGUGAUGGUGAACAUUCUUUCUGCAAGGGCUGUGAUAACCUUUGGAAGAGAUUGGCAUCCUAACAGGGAGCAGCGACAAGAGAACAUCUGAGCUUCUGCAGUCUCUCCCACCGUCUUCCUAGGUCACCCUGGCCUGUCCACACUUGUUUCUGUAGCUUUUGUGGCUCUGGAUGGCUAUUGAAGAGGGAUGUUCAGUCUAAUGGCCAAUUGCUGCAGCUGGUUAAAACGGUGGCAGGAACCUGUCAGGAAGGUGACGCUAAUCAUGGUGGGUCUUGAUAACGCUGGCAAAACUGCUACAGUUCGAGGAAUUCAAGGAGAGUCUCCUGAAGACGUAGCUCCAACAGUUGGGUUUUCGAAGAUUGACCUUAAACAGGGACGAUUUGAAGUCACCAUUUUUGAUUUGGGAGGUGGAAAACGAAUUCGAAACAUCUGGAGGAAUUACUACGCUGAGUCCUAUGGUGUGAUAUUUGUCGUGGAUUCCAGUGACAUAGCGAGAAUGGAAGAAACAAAGCAAGCCAUGAUAGAAGUUUUAAACAGCCCUAAGAUAUCAGGGAAACCCAUGUUAGUGCUGGCAAAUAAGCAGGACAGAGAAGGAGCUCUGUCAGAAGCAGAUGUAAUUGAGUCCUUAUCUCUGGAAAAGCUUGUCAAUGAACACAAGUGUCUAUGUCAAAUUGAACCUUGCUCAGCUGUCAUGGGCUGCGGGAAAAAAAUUGAUAAAUCAAUAAAAAAAGGUUUAUAUUGGCUCCUACAUAUAAUAGCAAAAGAUUUUGAUGCCUUAAACGAGCGCAUCCAAAGAGACACUACAGAGCAAAAAGCGUAUGAAGAACAAAAGAAACAAGAACGAGCUGAGCGAGUGAGAAGAAUACGAGAAGAAAGGGAAAGAGAAGAAGGAAGAAGUGUACCUGAUGAGGCAGACUUUGGGCCUGGGAACUCUGAAAACCCCUUCAAGCCUAUAGCUACUGUAAUCUCUGAGAAUGAAAAGCAAAUUGAAAAGGAAAAGAAGCGACAAAGGUUGGAGACUGAAAGGGCUACCGUUGUCUUGAAAUCUCAAACAGGGCAGGAACAAAUGGAUGUACAGCAUUUAUCCAGUAGCAAUAGCCAAAAACCAAAUGAUAAUAGACUAGAAACUUGCAAAUCUACACAGCAAUUGCAGAAUGAAGACAGUGAGCAACAAGCAUCAGAAUGCCUUGAUUCAGAUAACAGUAAGAAGAAGAAAAAAACAAAAUUAAAAAGGGGCCACAGGGUAGAACCUGUUAAUGCAGAAGAUACUGUUCCCAAAAAUCCUACACCACCCCCACCUCUUCCACCAGUUGGCUGGGGAACUCCCAAAGUUAACAGACUUCGAAAACUUGAGCCUCUUGGUGAAACACAUCAUGCUGAUUUCUAUGGAAAACCUCUACCCCCACUGACUAUACGCCAAAGACCCAACAGCGAUAUCCAUGAUGUCAUUGCUUAACUGGAUCACAGAUAACAUUUAAAAAACAUGAUCAAGAAAUUUUAUUUGAAACAGUUUUUGCCCUCAAAGGAAAACUUGUCAGCUUGUUGCAAAAUAAGAAGUUGGUGGCAAUUAAACCUGGAGUUAAUUCUGUCCUACUUAGUUGAUCAGACUUUCUACUUCACUUGUCAGUUACUAUUCACAUUCACCAGCACUUCUUCAGGAUUUAGCAUGAAAGCAAGUAAGGUAUAUGUGUCCAAGGAUGCUCAUAUGAACGUGGUACUGAAUAUUUUGGGGGUUUACUUGCUAAAAUUCAUAGCUGUAAACUUGAAGAAAAAUACCUUUGUAUGAUAUAAUACUGGUUUGUAUGUUCUCAUCAAGACCUUUCUCUAGGUGCUGAGCAGCGAUUGAUAUUUUUGCAGCUUAACAAUUAAUUCUAAACCAUUUUGUAAGAUUCUUGUAUGUUAGAGUGACUAUAGGAAGGUUAUGCAACAAAUUUUGACUAUAUUUUUCUAACUUUUUAUAAAACUAUUUGAAAGUCUGAGUGGACAUCAAUAUCUGUUCCCAAUAAAAUGAAAGCAUUAGAAAGUUGAUAGCCAAAUACAUAUGAGCAGAAUAUGUUUGACUCUUUUUCUUUUUCUCUUACAGCAGCAAUACCUCUUGUUAGGAAUUACAUUAUCAGAUUCAUAUUUCAUAUUUUUGGGAAUCUGAAGGGGGAAAAGUAGAAAGGAAAGUCUAAGAUAAAUACAUUUUACACAAAAUUAUUCUAUUUGAUUUGCCUAAAAAUUUUACUAUGAAUUGCUUUCUUAGCUUUUUUAACAGAGUCGGGUGUAGAUAAUAAGUUAAAAAAUUUAGCUGAAUAUUGUAUUGUCUGCUAUACCAUAUAAGAAAAUUGCACGCACAAAAAUUUUGCACAAAUUCAGUCAUCAAUUGUCAUGGCAAACUGAAUUAUCUAACACACACAUAUAAGUUCUAGCACUUUUUACCUAGAUAAUACCAAAAUAUUAUCUUGAAAACAAAAACAUCCAGAAUUUUAUGUUCAUAUAUAAUACUUCCAUGUAAUGUUUUAGUUUUCCAUUAAAAAUCAGAUAUGAGCGAUACAUAAACAACAGGUUAAAAUUGGACUUAUUCCCAUUUGAAUGGUCUGUAUAUGCUGGUUUUUCUCUUAUAUUGGAGUCAACCGUUGGUGUACUGUGUGAACAUACACAGUUAUGCCACUUAAUUACAGCAGAGAUGAAAGUCCUAAUCAAAGGUCUUUUGAAGAAGCAUUACUUGAUGAUUUUCUGUUAUACUUUCAGUCUUCCAUAACAUGGUAUUUCCACAUGACUUCAGUAAAUGUUAAAUCGAUGUGACAUAUAUAUUCACAACUUCAACAUUCAAAAUCUUUCCAUGAAGGCUUUGCCAGAUAUCCCUUACAUCAAUGAGUUAUACAAAUAAACAUCUACCAUACUAAUUGAAAGGAAAUUAUUAAUUAGGAUUCUUAAACAGUAUGCUUUAGUGAAAAAAAUCAUCAGUCUUAAGAAUAUUGUUUGGAAUGGGUGGAGAGGAAUAUUCUAAGUUUGCUAGCUUAGUGCAAGUAUGAAACAAUCUGUAUGUGACUGUCAGGAUGGGAACACUUCUGCUGUAUUCUAAUAGGGUAACAUGGUUCUGUUUGAUUAUUCUCAGGACUUAGUCACUUUAAUUUUAAAUAAACACUAUCUUUACUGCAGGGGUUUUCUUGCAUAAAAGUUUACGUGUGCAAUCCUAAUCUUACUAUCUUUAACUAUGUUAUCACUUAAAUUCUUUGGCUUGAAAAUUCCACCUUUGUAGGCUUAUUUUUUUACAGCUUCAGUUUCUUCAAACUUAUUACAUUUUAUUUUAAAACUAAUCUAAAAUAAAUUAAUAGAAAUCUUUAGUAAAAAUAAAGCUAAAUACUGCUGUGGAAACAAAAUUUGAAAAACUGAAAUGUAAGAUGUUGAUACUUAUAUGUAAAAUGUGUAUUAUGUAUGUUGUGUGUGUUUGUACACAUCUAUCAGUUUUGUUUCUGCUGUUAAAAUAAAUUUAUACUUAUAUGUGACCAAAGUACUAAACAAAAUUUCAUAGUUUUGUUUAUGAAUAUGUACUGUAAUUAUUUACAAAAAUAGUUCUUACAGUACUUUAUAUUACCUUGACUUUUUAUUUGCUCAAGAUGACGUGUGUGUAGAAUAAAACUAAUGCGCAACAUCAGUUUCCCAUA